AAAUCCGCAAAAUUAAAAAAAGAGAAAAUUAAGGGAAGAAGCCGAUUGUGGUCGUCGUUCUUCUUCUGCCGCAAGCGCCGCCCAGUGCCGGCGUUAGGGCGGAUUGGGAAUCCCCGAUUGUCUUCUUCCUUGAUUUCUAUUCUGAAGAAAUUUCGAUGUGUUUUGCUUCUCUUUACCUUCAAUUUGUUUUUCUGACGAUUUUCUUUGCUCAAGAACAAGGGGGAUUAUUAUUGCCCUAUCCGGCUCCUUCUUUUGUUCUGUUCGGAGGGUGAAGAAUUUGUUCUUACCAACGAACCUACGGUUUCUAUGUCGGCGGCAAUAUCAAUUUACCGGCCGGAAUUUUUGGGAUCAGUCCAAGGUGGAUACCGAAAUCAUCUCAAAUUUCAUAGAACCUUCGCCUUUGCCCCGUGGACUAUGACAAUGGAUUCUAAAUCGCAUCAAACGAUGAGGAAGGAAGAAGUUUCUAUUCAGAUUUCAACGCCACUGUUGCUGCCGCAGUCAAAACCAUUGGCCGCAAACGAGUUACAGUUCAACCGGCCGCCGCCGGCCGAGCAGGAUUUAGUUCACAAAAGAAGAUUAGAGUUCGGUCAAUUCGUAGCGAGGGAGGCUGUGCUUGAUGAGGAAUUGUGGACAGCGGCAUGGCUUCGGGCUGAAAGUCAUUGGGAGAAUCGAUCAAAUGAACGAUAUGUUGAUAGCUUCAAAAGGAAAUUUGCAGAACAGGAGUUCAAUGCCAUAAAAAAAAGAGGCAGUGGGCAACAUGGACAGACAUGUACAUGCGUUGUUACGGUAAGGAAGGAGCAGAAGCAUAUUAAACAUACAGUGAUUAAAAGUGUAGUAGCAACUCUUGAUAUGAGCUCGAGGCAUUUGAUGCAUGGCGAGACUUUCCCAGGGGAAAGAGAGAAGAGUCAUGUAUGCAGCAUCAACAAAGAGAUACCGAAUAAAUAUGCAUAUAUUUCAAACCUAUGCGUAGCGAAAGCAGCACGUCGUCAGGGUAUUGCUAGCAAUAUGUUGAAGUUUGCAGUUGUAACAGCGAGAUCCGGUGGUAUUGAACAGGUAUACGUGCAUGUACAUAGAAACAACACACCCGCCCAAGUGUUGUACCAAAAGAUAGGCUUUGAGGUGGUCGAAAUAGCAAGUUCACAGUUGGUGGAGGAACAAACUUACCUACUAUGUAUUAACACAGGGAAGCUUAACAAUGUACAUUGAUGUCGAUAUUCACUUAUCCUUGUACUGACAAUUGAAAUUUGGAAACUCACAAAAAGUAUGAGCACAAUGAAAUUUGAUGUGUAAAAGUAAAAGUCAAUUCUUCCA